AAACAUUUCCUCCCUGUCUGAGGCUUGUUCAAAAUAGUGUUACAAGGAAACAUAUUUCACCGAUCCCUGCAUCCCGUCACCGGCUUACAAUUGCCUUUAGAAUUGAUUUUAAAAAUGUUUUGAUGGCUGGUUAUGGAAAUUGAAAGUACAGUCAAACCACAGCAAGAGAAGACAGGUGGAAAAACACCCAACAAGGACAUCCAGCAGUCCGGGUGACUACAUAGAGUGAUUUUUCUUUUUUUGCAACAUGGACGUGCUGACUUCAAGGAGGAUCGUAUUACUGGGAAAAACUGGAGUUGGGAAAAGCAGCCUGGCCAACACAAUAUUGGGAGAGGAUGCGUUCAAGAUAAACCAUUCUCCCAUCUCUGAAACAAGUCUCUCUCAAGCAGAAACCAAAUCUAUCAACGGGAAAAGCAUCACAUUGAUUGACACUCACAGUUUUUUUGACACAUGCGGGUCUGAAACGCUGCUCAGGGCUGAGAUAGUGAGAUGUAUCACAGAGUGCGCUCCUGGGCCUCACGCUUUUCUCAUUGUGCUCAAAGUGGAGAAAUUCACAGAGCAAGAGAAAGCUGUAAUCACUAAAAUAUGCCAGUAUUUCUCAGAGGAAGCUUUAAAAUAUGCCGCAGUUGUCUUCACACAUGGUGACCAGCUCUCUGAAAGGAUGACAAUCGAGGAGUUUGUCAGUCAGAAUAUAGAUCUGAGUGAUCUGGUGAAGAAGUGCGGCGGCCGGUGCCACGUUGUUGAUAAUAAAUACUGGAAAAAUGGCAAAGAGGACGACUACAGAAGUAACCGGUUUCAGGUGGCAGAGCUCCUCAACACACUGGACAAGAUGAUUGAGGAAAACAAAGGAAGCUGCUACACCAAUGAGAUGCUACAAGAGGUGAAAAUAGAAAUACAGAGAGAGGAAGAACUCAUCAGGCAGUCGUCAGGAAACAUGUCACAGGAAGAGAUUAGAAACAAAGCUAAAAUUAGUGUUUUUAACAGGUUAUUGAUCAGAUUAGCAAGUACUGCAACAGGAGCAUUGUUGGGAGCUUUGCUUGGUGUGGUAGGGAUGGUUGCAGAUAUUGUUAAAAAUCUUCAGAAUCUUUCAGAUUUUUCAACACUAGCAAGCGGAAUGGUUGCAUCGGCCGCACUAAAGGGAGUAGCAAAGGGCGUUCAGAUAGGAUAUGAUGCAGCUGAAGGAGCAGAAACUACAGGGCAAGCCAUAGACAAGACAGUAAAUGCUAUCUUGAAGUAAUCUGGGGUUGCAGCAGAUCAUAACCACACAGAUAGUAUUGACGAUAGGAGCAGCAGCUCGAUGUUUGUUAUAUAAAAUACAUAAAGCAGGUUAAAACCAACAAUGGGCUACCAGGAUUUAACAAUCAAGCUGCAGUUACUUCCUAUUCCUGCUGUUAAUUGUGACACACGUCACACGUCACAGUAGCAAAUAAUUAGAAUACAUUUGAGAAAAUAUUGAUGACGACAUGUUAUUAAAUUUUGAAUAAAAUCCUAUGGAAAAUCGGUUGUUUUAGAGAGAGUUUGAAGACAUUCAUUAUGAAUUAGGAAAUCAUUAGACUGUUAUAAAAUGAUUUUUUUUUUUAAAGAUGAAAGUGAUAAAUAAUCUCUAAUUAUCUAUUUUACAUUUCCUACAAUGUUGCUUUUACUAUUUUACUCUUUAUUGAAGUGUUUUUUGUUUUGAAUGAUUUAACAACAGCUGCGUGUACUGUUUUUAUUCUAUACUUAUUCUAUAUAUUAUUGUUCUUUUUUUGCGCUUCUGGUUAGAUGCUAAACUACAUUUUUUUGUCUCAGUACCUGUACUCUGUGCAAUGACAAUAAAGUUGAAUCUAAUCCAA